CUAACUUUCGCAUUUAUGCUGGCUUUGUUACUCUUGCAUGAUGCUGUCUUUUCUUUCCAUGUCUAUUAGAGGCAGUUGUUCACACCGAGCAUCAGGAGCGCAUCUGGAUCGGCGGAGCAGACAUAUAAGCAAAUAUAUAAACGGCAUCUUUCCCGCUACUGCGAGGCACAGUCCAACUAAGUGGUCUGAUCACUUUGUACAGCGGAAUCGCAGGGUGCAGAUGAAUAUUAUUCGAGUUUUUCUGAACAGUUCUCAAUCCCUUUUGGGGGCGGGCCAAUUGAUCGGUUGAGUCUUUCAGGGCGAUUGAGAAGUUGACAUUAAUACUAAAUGCAAAUAUAUCUAAAUGUUCAACUGAAGUAACACGGCCAUCAUUGGAAACGUUUUCUGGGGACCUGCUUCCAUGCGAGUUAUUCCCUCGAUGGGUUUCAUCCGCACAUCUAUGCUUCAUGUGACCGUGUGCCGGUGUGGCUUUUAAGCAGCUCGCAUUUCGGGACUUGUACUGACGUUUCAUCUGCUGUGAUCCACUAACGCUCUCUGCUACGAUUGACAUGGUGCACCCACUUUUUGUCUCCAGUAAUGACAUCGUUCAGCCAUCAAUGAUUGCCUCCUCAGGUGUUUACUUUCACCAGAGUCUCUUUUCCUCUGUUACACUAUCGCAUACCUACCUCUUUUCCUCGUCGCUUCGCAUGUAUGCAGUUGGUUUACUCGAUAUCACACCUCAUCUCGCAUGCUGCUGGUCGACUAUCUCCUGUAACCGUCUUUUAUGGACUAGUUCACUUCCAUUACUCCUAGUUUGAUGAGACCUUACGAGACCUUUGGGUGCAGGCGCAUGAUUCAGUACGUCGUCCAGGACCACCCAAUUCGUCCAGUCAUUCUGGUCGUUCCUGAGAGGUAUGAACUGCGUCGUGCACCCUGGGCAGCAUCAACUUUGAAUGAUUCGCCUAGCGGGUUCCACUUCAGCAAUGUAAAACCCGAAGAAAUCUUACUACACCUCACCAGCGACCCUUACCUUGAACCUUCCGUUUUGUUGGUGAACGUGAGCCCGUUUACGUUUCUACAUUGUCUUUUCGUCCCCCAGCCGUCGCGUCUUUUCAAUCAGCGUCUCAGGAAAACUGCCAUUAGGAGCGCCGUCGAGUGUUUUCUCUUGAGCGAUGAUCUGCAUUUGUGCAUGGGCUUCAACAGCUUGCUUGCCCAUGCGUCGGUGAAUCACUUGCAUUUCCAUAUAUGGCAGUCACCAGAACCUUUGUUUGCUAUGACCGGAAGCGUUCAGCCAAAGCUUAACAUAUCUGAUUAUCAAGAGCUAGUCGACCACCCUGUGCCUAACUUCGUGGCGCAACUUAACAAUUUGAGUGAUCUCGAUGAAUUCAUUAAUAUCCUCUGGAGGCUUGUCGACGCCUGUCACUCUGAGGAUAUUGCUCACAAUCUUGUUAUGGUUCGAGCUGUUCGGACAGAUGCGACGCUCCGUGCAGUAUUGUGGCCUCGGCGCUCGGUGUACGAGGUAAAAGCAGUUGGAUCCGACUCGAAUGCGUCAACUUUAAGCGUCGCAGUAGCUGAGCUGUCUGGCAUGUUUGUUGUUAAAACGGAUGAAAUGGCCCAAAGAAUGGUUCCUGCUGAAAUAUCGGCCGUGCUGCAGGCGGAACGCGUGACGGACGAUGUUCUACAAAGGCUGACUAAUCGGCUGCUUUCGGUUACUUCUUGAUUGUCCUUUCAUCUUCAGAAUGUGAUAUUUCGUGUGUCCUACGCCCAGAUUACUAGCGGUGAAAUUACCUUCUUAUACGCUGAGCUAUGAUGUAUUCUUACUUUUCUGUGCCAUGUAGUGGGUACCACUUUCUCCUCGCCACAUCAUGGAUCAGUUUGGAAUAAACCAAACUAAAGUACUUUUUUGCAUUUAGUAGUAGUAAUUGUCUAGUCACAGCACAUGUCCUUUUCAACGACACCUUGUCGUCCGUCUAAAAUGUGUUGCAAAUAUAUCAGUACGCAAAAUUUGACC